AUGUCCGAGUCACUCUUCUUAGCCGAAGAAGACUCUGGGAGUGAGUCGCGAACAGUUUCUCAUCAUACGAACGGCUCUGACUGGAGGCAUCAUGUUCCCACUGGAGUGAAUAGGAAUGAAUUGCCUUUGCGUGAUAUUUCUCACCAAGGAACGUGGACACUCUCCAGUUGUAAAAUAGAUGGCUAUGGUAUCCACGAGUUAUUAGAUGAGUCAGUUGACAAGUAUUGGCAAAGUGAUGGGCCUCAGCCCCACACUGUAACCAUCGAAUUUUCGAAGAAAACUGAUAUCAGCUUCAUCUGGCUUUACUUGGACUUCAAGAACGACGAGUCGUACACCCCUAGCAAGAUUGUUGUAUACACAGGAGCGUCUCUGAUGCAUUUGGAUGAUGGCCAUGAGCAUUUUUUCCGAGAGCCUGUUGGUUGGCAUCACAUUGAUGUGAGGGAUUGUAAAAAUCUUCCAAUACGAGCCAAUGUAGUUCAGCUUCAAGUUGUUCAAAACCACCAGAACGGGCGUGAUACUCAUAUUCGACAUAUCAGAGUUUCUGGACCAGCUUCUUCUCGAUUCUCGCCCGAUCACCGUUUGAUUGGGAAUAUCUUGGACUGCGAAGACGAUUUUAUUCGACCUCAUACAGAUCUCAAUAACAUUCUAACCAACUCCAUGAUUAUUAGUUAUGCCGUGUCCACUUUGUACGAGGUGAAGGUGUCAGAAGCAUCGCUGAAUUGCGUGACGAUGAGCUUGAGAACAAGGGAACAAUCUGAGCAACCUGCCUUUGAUCCUCCUUUGAACUUCGAUGAUCAGAGCACAGCACGUGAAGUGCCGUCAAAAGCACUCCAGAAGCGUGCAUCACUUCUUGUCCUCGAACUCUUCGCACUUCAUCGUUAA